AAAAUUAAAUUAUGAAUACUCUAAUUUUAAAAAUCUUCCUUGCUUUUUAAAUAUCAAGAUUAAAUUCCUAAUACUUGAGUAUUUACUUGCUACACGUUCUUAUUAUGUUUGGGAAUAGCAUCUUCCCUGAGGAGCUCACAUAUUAGCAGAUGAAUGUUAUGAUCAACACGCCUUUGUUAGAAACCUUUAUUUACAUUUUUAAACAAGAUGGUCAGUCCGGUUUAAUCAGCUGACAAACCCCAGGCAUGAACAAGUAUAGGACUUCAGGGGAAAAACAGUGGUGAGAAAAAAAUUUUGUUUGUUUUUAGAUUUUUUUUGCCCUGCGAUUUAAUUUUGCUUCAGCUUAAUUGCUUUAUACACAUUCUUGUGACAUUGCACGAUUGGGAGGAGGCAGAAAAGGAGGGAGCUGGGCUGACUGUGUGACUGUGCUGUAUGCGUCCAGAAGAGUGUGUUAGCGAGAGGGAGAAUGCAGAAGCAAGCUUGUUUGACCAGAAACAGAACUGCCUGUGACAGAUGAAGAGACAAGCAAGGCUUGGAAUCUGAGAGCAAGCAGAGAGAGUGGAAAUUUACAGCUGCUCUGUGUGAGUGUUCAAGUGAUCAUUUUCUGCUAACAGUUUUCCGGUGGUAACUGUUUCCUCAAAGAGAGACACAGAAAGUCAAGACAGAAUUGUGGAAGGUCUCUGCCACGCUUUGGUAAUAGGAGGCCAGCUCUAUUAAAUGGAAGACAAAGGCUACUUCACCUAAAGUGCUUAGGAACCAAGAGAGCUGUCUUCAGCACCUCACCAUGCGUCGGCUUUUUGUGUCUUAGACAAGCCUGGGUGUUUCUGUAACCUUGCAUUCCUUAUUGGAAGAGUGAUUUCUGUACAUCCAGAAAAAAAAAAAAUGCCUUUGUUUAGCAAAUCACACAAAAACCCAGCAGAAAUCGUGAAAACUCUGAAAGACAACAUGGCUAUUUUGGAAAAGCAAGACAAAAAGACAGACAAGGCCUCAGAAGAAGUGUCAAAAUCACUACAAGCAAUGAAGGAAAUUCUGUGUGGUACAAGUGACAAGGAGCCCCCAACAGAAGCAGUGGCUCAGCUAGCCCAGGAACUCUACAACAGCGGGCUGCUGGUGACUCUCAUAGCUGACCUGCAGCUAAUAGACUUUGAGGGAAAGAAGGAUGUGACCCAGAUAUUUAACAACAUCCUGAGAAGACAGAUAGGCACUCGGAGCCCUACGGUGGAGUACAUCAGUGCUCACCCUCACGUCCUGUUCAUGCUCCUCAAGGGAUAUGAAGCCCCACAGAUUGCCUUACGUUGUGGGAUGAUGCUGAGAGAAUGUAUUCGACACGAGCCACUUGCCAAAAUCAUCCUCUUCUCUAAUCAGUUCAGAGAUUUCUUUAAGUAUGUGGAAUUGUCAACAUUUGACAUUGCUUCAGAUGCCUUUGCUACAUUUAAGGAUUUACUAACCAGACAUAAAGUGUUGGUAGCAGACUUUUUAGAACAAAAUUAUGACACUAUUUUUGAAGAUUAUGAGAAAUUGCUUCAGUCUGAGAAUUAUGUCACUAAAAGACAAUCUUUGAAGCUGCUGGGUGAGCUGAUCCUGGACCGACACAACUUUGCCGUUAUGACAAGGUACAUCAGCAGACCCGAGAACCUGAAGCUAAUGAUGAACCUCCUUCGCGACAAAAGCCCCAAUAUUCAGUUUGAGGCCUUUCAUGUCUUUAAGGUGUUUGUGGCCAGUCCUCAUAAAACGCAGCCAAUUGUGGAGAUCCUGUUAAAAAAUCAACCCAAGCUCAUCGAGUUUCUGAGCACCUUCCAGAAAGAAAGGACGGAUGACGAGCAGUUCACUGAUGAAAAGAACUACUUGAUUAAGCAGAUUCGAGACUUGAAGAAAACUGCCCCUUGAGGACCGGGUUCCGUUCCAGCAGUCCUCCGUCUCACCUGCUCAGUUUGUUCAAUGAGUGUCAUGUCAGCAAGUAAUCAUUCUUGGAAGGCUUUGGAGGUGCCUCUGUUUUUCCUCAAUUCGUUGUUCAGGGUAGAUGGAAUAUAAAUGUUUGAAUGAAAGAAAUUAACCUAGUAUAAUAUAUCUGCUUUAAUCAAGUCUGUGAUUAUUUCUGUGAAAUCAGAGCCAUUGUAUUAGACAGUGAUCAACGCAAUGCUAACCCUUUGUUGAUGAGAAGCCGUAGGGCUGUGCACUUGCAGGCUGGCCCUGGUCACCAUGAGCCGCCAAGGAGGGGCUCAGUGGUGGGUGCCACUGGGUCCUCCAGAGGACCUGAGAUGGGGGGGAGAAUUGGGGGGCAAAAUCGGCUUGCCUCUCUGAACUUAGACAAACAGGUUUCUUAAAUAAGCACUGAAAGAUCAAAAAAGCCGGCUGCUGUGUCCCAUCAUUACACGCUCUUUCUUCCCUGCUUGCUGUCUUUGCCCUGUAACAGUGGCGCCCAACGUCCCAGGCGGAUGCCUCCCUUUCAGCUCCACCCACCACCAUCCCACAUUCCAUCCCACCCAACUCAUGGCCCACAGCCCUCCAACCUGCCCUGCCAUCAGGGUAAACAGGACUGACUUAGUAAAAUUAGGAUGGAGUAGCAGCAGUCACCAGCACAGAGGGCCCAGGCAUGACCUGGUCAGUGAACGGCCUCGAGCAGAUGGUUAAGAACCGCGGCUGUAGAUGCGGCGUCUGCUGGGUCACACUGACUCCUGUAGGGUCGUGAGUGCUUGGGCUGUCUCAGUCGCAUCUGUUGUUAGGUAACGGACAUUCUGUGGCAAAAGCAUGUUUUAGAGCAGGGAUCCUCGCAUCAGGAUGCCUGGCAUGUACGCACCACUUUCCUAACUAGGGAACCUGCCCCCAGGAGGAAAUAAAUGCACAGACAGCUUCUCAAGGUGGCUAAAAACCUCUUUGUCUCAGUUUGUUUUCUAGUAAGCUGUCCCUCUCUAUAACUGCACAUCCAAGUCGUCUUCAGUGACAAAGUAGAGAACAGAAAUAUUUGGUGAUUAAGGAGUUAAUUUGUAUUGUUUCAAACAGGCAUGGAAACAAAAAAACAGAAGGUCAUGGUUUGUUUUCAGACAUCAGGAUGUAAAAUGGAAUCUUAAAGCUGUAUUUACAAAACAUUAAAGGCACAAUUACUAAUCUGUAUGGUUUCAUAAUUCUGUUUCUAAACCAUGUGUUGUUGCUUUCUGUAAGAACCCACGCUGCUUAUAAUACUUGGCUGCUGGGUUCUUUACUUUUAUUCAACCAGCUCAUUCUAUGCUCAGAGGAAAGACAAGUGUGUUCCCCCAUCAGUGCCCUUUGUAGUUUUGCAUCUGAAGAAUUCCCUGGCCACGUCUCACCAGCCUUGGCUGGGGCCCAGGUGUCUGUGUGCUGUGCGCAACCGGAGGCCUGAGCACAUGGUCAGGCCCACCGCAGCUCCUUGGGCAGCGCUCCGGCCAGUGCCCACGCGGAAGGUUCCGCGGACAGCCCCCAGCGGUCUUCAUUCCCGAGUCGCUGAAGUCCUGACAGUCCAAAGGCCCUUAGGAUUUGACUUGUCCAGUUGUGCUUAUUUGAUUAAAAGAGGUAGUGUAAAUAUAAAAAAUGAAGGUGAACUAGCUGUCGGAAAUUUCUUUGGUUGCUUAACACUGCACCACGACCUUGUGGGACACACGUUUCCAGUUGGAAAACAAGGUGUUUUUGUAAUUUCUUGAUAAACAAGAUAUUAUUUCCUCUGGGCUUGAGUUAGCUCUUUCCUAGCAACCCUGUGUCCUAGCUUAGUACUUGCCAAACAGAAAACUAGGGCCUCAGAGGCAAUGGAGGAAGUAGCCGGGGUUGUGUUGUAAUAUAAAUUUAUAACUUAUUAAUGCGAAAGGGGGAGCAGAAAGCUUACAGUCAAAAUACGUUUGUGCAAAGUUCACUGUAAAUAUUGGGAGAAUUGAAUCCCGCAAAGAUCGUAUUUAACAAGCUGUUUCAAAAGCACAUGUUUAAAUGAAGACUGAUUAAAUAAAAAAGUACCACACA